CAAAGAUUCUCCCUUCCCAUUGCGCAUGAAAUGGCCCUUCUCUUCUCCGUUCCUUCUUAGCCAGCCAAAACUCUCCCUACUGGUAAUUGCCCUUCCUGUAGGGCUCACCACGAUUCCACAAUGUCUUCCCCAAGCCCCCGCCUCCCUAAAAUCACCAUCAUCCACCCGGACCUCGGCAUAGGCGGCGCCGAACGUCUGAUCCUCGACGUGGCCCUGGCCCUCCAGAACCGCGGCCACCGCGUCACGGUCUACACCUCCCACCGCGACAAGUCGCACUGCUUCGAGGAGGCCCGCGACGGGACCCUCGACGUGCGCGUCCGCGGCAACACGAUCUUCCCCGCGCACCUCGGCGGCCGGUUCCACGUCCUCAUGGCCAUUGCGCGCCAGGUGCACUUGACUCUGUCGCUACUGGGGGAGGCUCUAGACGACGACCCCGACACGCAGGAAGUCGAGGAGGAGGAGAUCUUCAUCGUAGAUCAAGUCCCCGCCUGCGUUCCGAUCCUGAAGACUUGGGGUGCGACGAGGAGCAGGAGGAGGAGGGGGAGCGGAAGCAGCAGCAGCAGCAGCAGCAGCAAGCAACGCAUUCUCUUCUACUGCCAUUUUCCGGAUCAGUUGCUCGCCUGGAGGGAUGAGAGUGGCGGAUUGUUGCGGGCGGUGAAGACGCUGUACCGGGCGCCGUUCGAUUGGUUCGAGGGGUGGGCGAUGAGUGCGGCGGAUAAAGUCGUGGCCAAUUCGCGGUUCACGAGGGGGGUGAUUACGGGGGUCUUUGGGGCGGAGACGCUCGGGGAGUUGAGUGUUGUUUAUCCUUGUGUGGACACCGCGGACAAGGGGGAGAAGGUUGGGGACAAGAUGCAGGGAGAAGAAAGGUUGUGGGGUGGGAAGAAGAUCUUGCUGAGUGUUAAUCGGUUCGAGAGGAAGAAGGAUAUGGCGCUCGCGAUCCGGGCGUAUCAUGGGCUGGGCGCGGAGAAGAGGCUGGAGACCAGGUUGGUUAUUGCUGGUGGUUACGAUAACCGCGUUCAGGAGAAUGUGCAGUACCAUAAGGAGUUGGAUCAGCUGGCGACGAGUCUGGGAUUGCAGACUGCCACGGCGAGGACGGUCGUCUCGGCGCUCUCCGUCCCGGACUCGAUCGACGUGCUCUUCUUGCUCUCAGUGCCCACGGCCUUCCGCGAUACCCUCCUGCUGCAGUCCAAGCUGCUCCUCUACACGCCCGUCAACGAGCAUUUCGGCAUCGUGCCGGUCGAGGCCAUGCGCGCGGGGGUCCCCGUCCUCGCGUCAAAUACUGGUGGCCCCCGCGAGACGAUUGUCGAGGGCGAGACCGGCUGGCUUCGCGAUGCAAAGAACGACGCCGAGUGGACGGCGGUCAUGGAUAAGGUGCUCUACGAGAUGGACCCAGCGGAGUUGGAUCGCAUGUCGGUUGUGGCUAAGAAACGGGUCGAGAGCGAGUUCUCGCUCACUGCGAUGGGCGAGAAAUUGGAGCAAGAGAUCAACGACAUGCUCCGCAAGGAAAGGCCGCCAUUCAGUGGGUUCCAGCAGAUCCUGGUGUUUCUGGCUAUCCUGGGCGUUGUCUUUGCCGUCUUGGUUACCGUGCUUCUCAGGUUGCUUUGACUUUGACUUUGCUUUGCUAAUCUAAUACCCUUUUUGCAAUGUACAGUAUAUUAGAAUUUGUUUGCGC